AUGAGUCUUCUACCAUAUGUGUACGAUCCCUUUGCCAUCUCUCCAUUCUACGGUCGUCGUUACAACCCGUUCCAUGAAGUGGACCAGUUGGUGAACUCCGUGUUGGACUCCGUGCAGCCGUUCAUCGACCAAUCUGGCCAACUCAUCAACACCAAUGUGGCCGGAUCUUCCAUCAGCUACAAUGAUCAAGGUGACCUGAAGUUCGAGUGUGACACUGCUGGAUUCAAGCCCGAAGAGUUGAAUGUCGAUGUUCAUGGUCACAACCUGACGAUCCAAGGAGUCCACAAAGAAGAGAAGGAUGGGGAGAAGGUGGAACGUCAAUUCCAGAGAGUUGUCCGUCUUCCCAAGCACGUAAAGAUGGAGGAGAUCAAGUGCGAAUUGGAUGAACAGGGCAAGUUGAGUGUGAACGUCCCUAAAGUGGCUGCCAUCGAAGAGAAGAAGAGCACCAAUAUCCCCAUCCAGAUGAAGAAACAGGAAGCUGUGGAGGACGGAAAGGCCAAGUAA